AUGGCAGCUAAUAUGAAGCAGUCGUUGCACAGUUCGGACGCGGUGACACUGUUCAAAGCCCCACUCCACAAUGCACAGGUCGGUGGCAAGCAGAAGGCUCUAAGAUAUCGGAGGAAGCUGCUGAGCACCCUGAAACAGAGAGUACUACACCUGGCCAGACCUCAACAAAACAGGUAUGAAAAAUCUCAUAUCUCUGAAGUGCCGUCAAAAGGCUCAGAGACAGUGGAGCAAGAUGUUGACACGCCAGAAACAAUUGCCACGCCACCUGGGAAAAGCUCCAGGAAGAAGGGAAAGAAGAGAAAGACUGGUGGCAAGGCAGGAAAGAAAGCCGUCGAACCAGAGCCAACAAUUAUCAGUCCACUUGAAAAUAUUGUAAUGCUAAAGGGCAAAACGGAGACACUGGAAAAGACCUCAGUGAAAAAACGUAUCAAGCGCUCUGCUGCUGAAAGCGAUUUGCAGGAACCAGUGGCUUUGCUGGGUGCUGAAACAUCAGAAACAGUACUGAUGGAACAACUGGGAGAAACAAAAUCCAAGAAAGCUAAGAAGAACGUUGGGGGACGUGGAAAAGCUUCUAAACCACAUAAAAAGAGGUCAAAGACAAGAGGAUUGAAACGUUCAGCUGAGAUUAUGUGGACUGCUGCUAUUGCUGCAUCUACUUCAGCAACGAAGGAUGAGGUGCAGUCAAAAGACUCAAACACCGAGGAGCAAGAUGUUGAGACACCAAAAACAGUUGCCCCUCCACCUCAGAAGAGAUCAAAGAAAAAGGAUAAAGUAAAGUCAAAAGGCUCUAAAAUGGAGGGGCAAGAAGCUGUGCAGCCAAAAACAGUUGGCGCUGCACCUGGCCACACCUUACCGGAAGAGGGUAAAGAGCAGUCAGAAGCCUCAGGGAAAGUGGAACAACUUUUUGAGACGCAGAAAACCUCUACCUCUGUACCUGGGAAAAGCUCCAAAAAGAAGGGGAAGACGGGAAAGACUGGUGGCAAGGCGGGAAAGAAAGCUGUCGAACCACAACAAACAACUGACAGUCCACCUGUAAAGAAGGCAACGAAAAAGGUAUGGAAAUGCUCACUUCGACAGUCAAAAGGUUUCUAA